AUGGCGUCCAAAUUAAACCCUAAAACUAAGAAUAUAGAAUUUGGCGGAGCACCCGGUGCGCUGGCUAUCUCUGUUGGUUUGCCCAUAUUGACUAUUGUUCUUAACCAAAUGGUUAGGCCCGAUUACUUCAUCAAGGGCUGGUUUUCUAAUUUUGAAUUUGCUCAACUUUGGAAUGGCAUCAAAUCCUCUAGAUAUUAUUUCACCAGGUACGAUUUGUGGACAUAUUAUACCGCAUGGCACUUGGGUCUAGCCGCUUUGGCUACCAUCUUACCAGGAAAGAAAAUGAACGGUGUAGAGCUUAGAGAUGGAACCAGUUUGCCCUAUAAGAUUAAUGGAAUUGCCAUGUCAGCCGCGCUUUUCUUGAUCCUUGCCGUUAGAUGGCAAUUGACUCAAGGUCAGCUACCUGAGUUGCAAUUCUUGUACGACAACCAUGUUGACUUGUGCAUCGUCACCAUCCUAUAUGCUUUCCUACUCUCAGUCUACGUUUACGUUACCAGUUUCUUCCCAUUAUUGGGUAAAAAUGGACAUAAUACCAAGGAAAGGAUCCUUGCGCUGGGCGGGAACACUGGCAACCCAAUUUACGACUGGUUUAUCGGCAGAGAAUUAAACCCCAGACUAGGUCCCUUAGAUAUCAAGCUAUUUUGCGAAUUGAGGCCUGGUAUGUUGUUGUGGUUAUUGAUCAAUUUAUCCUGUCUGCAUCAUCAAUAUUUGAAGACUGGUGAAUUGAACAACGCUUUGCUCGUUGUGAACCUUUUGCAAGGAUUCUAUAUUUUCGACGGUAUCUUAAACGAAGAAGGAUGUUUAACAAUGAUGGACAUCACUACGGAUGGUUUCGGCUAUAUGCUUGCCUUUGGUGAUCUAUCUCUAGUCCCAUUCACUUACUCCUUACAAGCGCGCUACUUGAGUGUAUCUCCAAUUACUUUAACCAACUACCAGUUGGCAACAAUCUUUGGGUUCAUGGUCACAGGUUUCUACAUCUUCCACAAGUCCAACAUGCAAAAAUCGCUGUUCAGACAAGGCAAGCUACCUCAUCUAAACAGUAUCGCCACUAAGCGGGGUACUAAACUACUGUGUGAUGGCUGGUGGGCCAAAUCUCAACAUAUCAACUAUUUCGGCGAUUGGUUGAUCUCGCUAAGUUGGUGCCUAACCACCUGGUUCCAAACUCCUUUGACGUAUUACUACUCGUUAUAUUUCGCCACAUUGCUACUACACCGCCAAUCGAGAGACGAACACAAGUGCCGUGAAAAGUACCAAGAAAGUUGGGAAGAGUACGAGAGAAAUGUGCCUUACAAGAUUGUUCCCUACAUAUACUAA